UUAAUUUCUCUCUUCUGGUUCUUCGUCUUCUUGUUCGUUUCUCUUUCCUUCUCUCUCUCUCGAAAAAGCGGAGAGAGUGGAGUGUUGUUCUGUCGUACACUCGAUUGGCUGCGUUUUUGACGCCAUUGCGUUCCGGGACGGUGAAGGCGGUUUUCCUAGGGCCGUUUCUGUCGAGUCGCCAAGAUGGUAAGGAAGAAGAGAACUGAUCAACCACAUCAAGGGGAGAGCUCUGAGCCCCAGGAAGCAUCUGCCGGUGGUGGUCGCGGUCGCGGUGCCCAACGUCCUGGGCGCGCCGCCAGCCGGGGUCGUGGCCCCCCCCAGCAGCAGCAGCAGCAGCAGCAGCAGUAUGGUGGGCCUCCCGAGUAUCAACAAGGAAGGGGAAGGGGAGGGCUGCCCCAGCAAGGAGGUCGUGGAGGAGGGUAUGGAGGUGGUGGACGAGGCACUGGUGGUGUGGGUGGUGGCCGUGGGGGAGGACCUUCUGGUGUACCGUCCCGACCGCAAGUUCCCGAGCUGCACCAAGCAACCCCUGCUCCUUAUCAAGCUGGGAUCUCUCAGCCUCUGCCAUCUGAGGCUAGUUCUUCUGCUGGGCCACCUGAAACUUCGCAAUUGGCUCAGCAUUUGGAGCAGAUUGGCUUACAGCCGGAGACUGCUCCGAGCCAGGCAAUACAGCCUGCUCCACCCUCAAGUAAGUCCAUGAGGUUUCCUCUCCGCCCGGGAAAGGGCAGCACUGGCAUUAAGUGUAUUGUCAAGGCUAAUCACUUCUUUGCUGAGCUUCCAGACAAGGAUUUGCACCAGUAUGACGUUACUAUUACACCGGAGGUCACUUCACGUGGUGUCAACCGAGCUGUUAUGGGGCAGCUUGUAAGGUUGUACCAGGACUCCCAUCUUGGAAAGCGGCUCCCUGCCUAUGAUGGGCGAAAGAGUCUCUAUACUGCUGGUCCACUUCCCUUCAUUUCUAAGGAGUUCAAGAUCACUCUUAUUGAUGAGGAUGAUGGCGCAGGAGGCCAGAGGAGGGAGAGGGAAUUUAAGGUUGUAAUAAAAUUGGCUGCUCGUGCUGACCUACACCAUUUAGGACUCUUCUUGCAGGGAAGGCAAGCUGAUGCACCCCAGGAGGCCCUUCAGGUGCUUGACAUAGUUCUACGUGAAUUGCCUACUACUAGGUACUGCCCUGUCGGCCGAUCAUUUUAUUCUCCUGAUCUGGGUAGAAGACAACCACUUGGUGAGGGAUUGGAAAGUUGGCGUGGAUUUUAUCAAAGUAUUCGCCCGACUCAGAUGGGGCUAUCCCUUAAUAUUGACAUGUCCUCUACUGCGUUCAUUGAGCCGUUGCCAGUUAUUGAUUUUGUAACUCAGCUGCUAAAUCGUGAUGUUUCAUCCAGACCAUUAUCUGAUGCUGAUCGUGUAAAGAUUAAAAAGGCUUUACGUGGAGUGAAGGUCGAAGUUACACACCGUGGGAAUAUGCGCAGAAAAUACCGUAUUUCUGGUUUGACAUCACAGACAACAGGAGAGCUGACUUUUCCAGUGGAUGAGAGAGGUACUAUGAAAUCUGUUGUUGAGUACUUCUACGAAACUUACGGUUUUGUCAUUCAGCAUACUCAAUGGCCUUGUCUCCAAGUGGGGAACCAGCAGAGACCAAAUUACUUACCAAUGGAGGUGUGUAAAAUUGUUGAGGGUCAGAGAUACUCUAAGAGGUUGAAUGAGAGGCAGAUUACUGCUUUACUGAAGGUUACCUGUCAGCGUCCUCAAGAAAGGGAACGUGAUAUUAUGCAGACUGUUCGCCAUAAUGCUUACUAUGAAGAUCCUUAUGCAAAGGAGUUUGGGAUCAAAAUCAGUGAAAGGCUUGCUCAGGUUGAAGCUCGCAUUCUUCCUGCUCCUUUGCUUAAAUAUCAUGACACGGGUAGAGAGAAGGAUUGCCUUCCUCAAGUCGGACAGUGGAAUAUGAUGAAUAAGAAAAUGGUCAAUGGUGGGACCGUUAACAAUUGGAUGUGCAUAAACUUUUCUCGGAACAUUCAAGACACUGUGGCUAGGGGUUUCUGUAAUGAGCUUGCUCAAAUGUGUUAUAUUUCUGGCAUGGCAUUCAAUCCAGAACCAGUACUUCCACCUUUAUAUGGUCGUCCUGAUCAGGUAGAGAAGGUUCUAAAAACUCGCUAUCAUGAUGCGAUGACUAAACUCCAGGGGAAGGAGCUUGAUAUGCUAAUUGUCAUUUUACCUGAUAAUAACGGCUCUCUGUAUGGUGAUUUAAAGCGAAUUUGUGAGACAGAUCUUGGCCUUGUUUCCCAGUGCUGUUUGACAAAGCAUGUGGUCAGAAUGAGUAAGCAGUAUCUUGCAAAUGUGGCCUUGAAAAUAAAUGUAAAGGUUGGGGGAAGGAACACUGUACUUGUUGAUGCAAUAUCAAGGCGCAUUCCCUUGGUCAGUGACCGACCCACUAUAAUUUUUGGUGCUGAUGUUACACAUCCUCAUCCUGGGGAGGAUUCAAGCCCUUCUAUUGCAGCUGUUGUGGCUUCGCAAGAUUGGCCUGAAGUUACCAAGUACGCCGGUUUGGUCUGUGCUCAAGCUCAUCGACAAGAGCUAAUCCAGGAUUUGUUCAAAACAUGGCAUGAUCCUGUUAAGGGGCAAGUGUCGGGUGGCAUGAUUAAGGAACUGCUCAUCUCAUUCCGUAGGGCAACUGGCCAGAAGCCACAACGCAUCAUAUUUUACAGGGAUGGUGUCAGUGAGGGACAGUUCUAUCAAGUUUUGCUGUAUGAACUUGAUGCUAUUCGCAGGGCCUGUGCUUCCUUGGAACCAAACUAUCAGCCACCUGUGACUUUCGUGGUGGUUCAGAAGCGUCAUCAUACAAGGUUGUUUGCGAACAACCAUAAUGACCGCAAUGCAGUUGACAGGAGUGGAAACAUAUUACCGGGCACAGUUGUGGACUCGAAAAUCUGUCAUCCAACGGAGUUUGAUUUCUAUCUCUGUAGCCAUGCUGGAAUACAGGGUACUAGCCGACCGGCUCACUACCAUGUACUGUGGGAUGAAAACAAGUUCACUGCUGACGGGCUGCAGUCCCUAACAAACAAUCUCUGCUACACAUAUGCACGAUGCACACGAUCAGUCUCAAUAGUGCCUCCUGCAUACUAUGCCCAUCUUGCUGCUUUCCGUGCUCGUUUCUACAUGGAGCCGGAGACCUCUGAUAGUGGGUCAAUGACAAGUGGCGCUGCUGCUGCGCGCGGAGGAAUGGGCCAGGGGCCAGGUGCACGAAGCAUGCGUGCGCCAGGUGGAAAUGCUGCUGUGCGACCCUUGCCUGCACUAAAGGACAAUGUCAAGAGGGUGAUGUUCUACUGUUGAGCUCCCAGUAGGUUUUAUUUUGUGGAAAGGUCAGGCAAACAUUUGGUAGCUUAUGGACCUUAAAAACAAAGUAAACUAUUUAAUACUUUCUAAAACUGCCACUGCUAUCGCAGCCUUGCUGCACUUGUUUUGUAAGGGUGUUAACUAAACUACUGUUUGACAUCUUGGUUCUUUUCGGCUGACAUUGAUCUACAUUUUUAUUCCAAAACCUGAAAUAGUUUGAACUGAAAA